UUAAGAAUAGUACCGCGGGUUCUCCCACCUGUCGUAAGAGGCGACUAAAGGGAGGUCAUAGUAAAAAUGGCAUAAAAAUUGGCAUCAACCCCACCAUGUUGCGAUCAUCGGUUUGUUGGGUAAAGUUUGUAACGAAAAUUAAGAAUAAAGACAUCACUUCCACGUACUUAAAAAUUUUUGAUGUGGCCCGAACCUUCGAAUUAGAAAUCGUGACUCGAAUAUUAUCUUCAGCGCCUAAGUCCGUGCCUGUAAAUUCUUGCCCGUUACCGAGUACUGCACCGUUCAACUCUUCAAAACCGUACCAACAGAUAUGCGAGGCAAAGAGAUAUUUUAGAACUUCUGGUUCUAGGAUUUGGUGUUGUAGUUGUGUGUGCGGGCUUUUUUAUGUAGUUUUAGUGUCGAAUUGGAGGAUUACGUUUGCCGAGGACGAUGUCGAAGGUGCCCAGCGAGUUGUUAAAUCCAUUAAGCAAAUGUUAGGUUAGGGGGCUAUAGAGUAAGAUAUGAAUCAACCACCUACGGGGCUACAUGAACGUCUUUCACCAAGACUUACAGCAUGCCCUUUGGUCCGACUCGGUCACAAUAACUCCAGCACCGACGAAACUAAUACUUCUAACGACGAUGCAGACAAAUAUCACUAUCAGUACGGUGACUUCAACAAUCUCAACGACGAGAGGUACUAUCGGAAUCCGAGUUCUGUAAGUCGGAGCUAUCGCCAGAAUCGGCAACCAUCUUCCGAAGAUUCAGAUUAUUUGCAUAGCUACUACGAUCAGCCACGUUCGUAUUUGGAUUACGACAGGAAUUCUAUGCACAGUCCAUUAGCAAGCGGUAAUUUGAACUACAGCAAAGAAUCGGUAGAGCUGUCUUCGUUAUUCCUAAGCCGGUCUUAUUGGGACGAUGAGUACGAAAGUAAAGAGGCCGGCAGAGAAACUUCCGAUCCGUAUUUCCGUAUGCAACACAAGGUGUCGGAUACGCACUAUUUGCUUGAUAGCUUUUCACAAUUAGGCAAGUCUAGUCCUAGCUUAGAUCAGGGCUAUGCAACCCUAGUAGCUCCAACCGGCUCUUUGGCUAACAAUAUUUGGAGCGACGGGAACAUAUACAAAGGUAAAAGGUAUCAAUCGAAGAACAACUCCUUUGACAAGCUAUCUGACGAGUUGGUCGUGAAGAUAUUUUCGUUUUUAAACAGCAUCGAUCUCAGUCUGUGCGCGCAGGUAUGCAGGAGAUUCGAUACGUUAGCAUGGACCCCUUCAUUGUGGAGGGUUAUCAGUUUAGAAGGGGAUCAUAUUAGCGGAGACAAAGCUAUAAGGGGAGUGUUGAGACAAUUAUGCGGCCAAGGGAGGACGGGGGCGUGUCCUAGCGUCGAAAAAUUACAUGUCGGCAACGGUGCCAAAUUGUCAGACAAAAGUCUUAUGCUGAUCGCGAAGCGAUGCCCCGAAUUAACCCACCUUCAACUACAAGGCUGCCCUAAUAUCACUAACAACGCCUUGUUUGAAAUCGCCACCAGGUGUACCAAUUUGCAGCACCUCGAUUUGACUGGUUGCACCAAGAUCUCUUGUAUUAGUUUGAACACGCUGUCGGAUCCGACAAAGAGGAUGCAGCUGCAGUACUUGGAUCUGACAGAUUGCGUUGUUAUGCAAGAUGGGGGCUUAAGGAUCGUAGUGCAAAAUUGUCCCCAACUUGCCUACCUUUACCUGCGAAGAUGUAUACAAAUCACUGAUGCAGGCUUAAAAUUUGUGCCAAGUUUCUGCUCAGCGUUACGAGAGCUGAGCGUAAGCGAUUGUUCGAACGUCACUGAUUUCGGUCUGUACGAGUUGGCGAAAUUGGGACCGACACUGAGAUACUUAUCGGUAGCGAAAUGCGAUCAAGUCAGCGACGCCGGUCUGAAGGUAAUAGCUAGAAAAUGCUACAAAUUGAGAUACCUCAACGCAAGAGGUUGCGAGGCUGUGUCAGACGACGCCAUAACUGUGUUAGCUCGGUCCUGUACUAGACUCAGGGCUUUAGAUAUAGGAAAAUGUGAUGUUAGUGAUGCCGGUUUACGCGCGCUGGCCGAAUGCUGUCCGAAUUUGAAAAAAUUAAGUUUGAGAAACUGCGAAUUAGUGACUGACAGGGGAGUUCAGUGUAUAGCCUAUUACUGUCGCGGUUUGCAGCAGCUUAACAUCCAAGACUGCCAGAUAUCCCUGGAAGGGUACAGAGCGGUCAAAAAAUACUGCAAAAGGUGCGUUAUCGAGCAUACGAAUCCGGGAUUCUUUUGAAUUUGUUGUUGUUUGUGCGAAAAAUUUGUUAUAUUUAUUUUGUAAAUUUGUAUAUCUCCACUUUCAAUAAAAUUGCUAUAU